AUGGACUUCAGAUCGAAAGGCAAAUCUUAUAAUGCCUCCCAUUCACUUAACGAACUUGUGAUCGCCCGUCGCUAUUCACUCCAUCGCGCCGUGAAGAUAAUGGUAUAUUAUCCGGAUGACUUAACGAUCUGGGUGGUAUUGCUCAGACUAAGGCCUUGGAUCCGGACGCGAUCCGAUGUUAUCGAUCUCUUGUCGCCACAUCGUUUAUGCCAGUAUCUCAGAUCUCCGGUAAGUUUUCUCCAUUUCCCGUCUCUAUUUAGACGCUCCUUCCUCACUUUGGCGAAGCUACGCUUUAGCGGAGCGCAGAGGGUAUCUAUAGAGACAGUCCAUUUCCGCAUAUUGCUCUCCAUUCUCUAUGCCGAUUUGAGCCUUCCGUCUGCGCCUGUAAGCACUUCGCCUACAGAGACUGAUGGAGAACGGAGCAGGCUAGAUAUAGGUAGUCCGUGCGGUCGUGCUGUCAACCUAAGCAGCUCAGCAGGGAUGCGACAGUAUGUGCUCAUAUGGAACACUCAAGACUCAAAGAUACCCUUCAAUUUGCUCGAGAACCUGCUUAUCCCAGGAUCAUUGUGCUGGAAAGAGGAUCUCGCAAUCAGAUGUAAUCGUCUUUGCACCCUCAGAUCCUUAAGCAAACCGGGACUUUUUGGGCCGGGCUGCUUACAAGAACAGGUUCCUGUCCAUUCUUCACCGGAUCCGUCUAACACUUGGACUAUCUCCUUCUUCAGCCUGGAGCGGCCUGCUGGCAGAGUUGCGAAACCUUUCAACUUGGGUCGUCAAUCCCACCGACCGGAGGCGCAGUCUCGAAGCGUUAUACUGAACCAAGUCCUUGGAAUUGUCGCAGAACAAGGCAAUAGGGCCACGAGCAUCAAAUAA